CGCCUCGCCCCCGCCCGCGCUGCACGCCGGGACACGGCCGGUCCUCCCUCCUUCUCUCCCUCCCUCCUUCCCGCGCACCUCCCCGCGCGCCCCGAGCCUGCGCCGCGCCGACAUCCGCGUUGUCCCAAGAUGGAGGUGCGGGGCUCGCGCUGAGCGCGGCCCGGCCGACACAGGAGCAGGAGGAGGAGACGCGCUCGACCGGCCCGGCCCGUCCGCCCGCCUCUCCUUCCCCGCCGUGCCAGGCCGCGUCUCCGGCGGCACCGGUAGCAGCAGCGGCGGCGGCGGCGCCUCCUCUUUGCCCGCGGCCCGGCCUCCAGUGCGGCGCGGCCCCCGCAUGAGCCCGGGCGGCAGUGGCGGCGGGAGCGCCCGGGAGCAGCAGCCGAGGUGCCCAGGUUGAGCCUGCUUCCCUGUAUUAUGCAAACUGCUGAAUGGAGGAAGGGGGUGGAAGUCAGUCUUUACCGAUACUUUCCGUUACCGUCCUGCAUGGUUCUUUACCCAUGUUUUACAGAGUGGUGAAGAAUUAGGAGAAGCUGCAGUUGUUCAGCUGAGUGGAACUAAAUGGGUGGCUUCCUUCUGGACCCUCACUUCACUAUCUUAGGUACAAGAACUGUAGAAGUCUAUUUUAGAAUUUGAAAGAACAAGAUUCUGCAGCUCUGGAAAGAUAUGCCAUGGAAGUAAUCAGCUGGGGUGGUCCCAGGGCGCUCUGGGCACGAGUAUUGCUGAGUGAUCAUUGGCUGCCACCUGCGUGACAAAGUAAAGGACCAACCCUUCAGUUUAUACCAGUGGAGCCAGAUCACGGGAAGCAAUUGACAGAAUUGUUAAGCUUAUGCUUAGCCCAGCGUGAUACAGGACUGGUGUGACAACUCAGUUUUGAUCAGUGACUCAAAAUUGUGAUCACCCUGAUGUCACCGAAUGGCCACAGCUUGUAAAAGAUCACCAGGAGAACCGCACUCUGAGAACAUUGAAACUAGCCGAAUGAAGCGAGCAGCUGCAAAGCAUCUAAUAGAGCGCUACUACCACCAGUUAACUGAGGGCUGUGGAAAUGAAGCCUGCACGAAUGAAUUUUGUGCUUCCUGUCCAACUUUUCUCCGUAUGGAUAACAAUGCAGCAGCCAUUAAGGCCCUCGAGCUUUAUAAGAUUAAUGCAAAACUCUGUGAUCCUCAUCCCUCCAAGAAAGGAACGAGCUCAGCUUACCUAGAAAACAAUUCCAAAGGUGCCCAUAACAAUUCCUGCACUGACAGAAAAAUGAACAAGAAGGAAAUGCAAGGCCCAAGAGAUGAUUUUAAAGAUGUGACUUUUCUAACAGAAGACAAGAUAUAUGAAAUUCUUGAGCUAUGUCGAGAAAAAGAGGAUUAUUCCCCUUUAAUCCGGGUGAUUGGGAGAGUGUUUUCUAGUGCUGAAGCACUGGUACAGAGUUUCCGAAAAACCAAGCAGCACACCAAGGAGGAGCUCAAGUCUCUUCAAGGAAAGGAUGAAGACAAAGAUGAAGAUGAAAAGGAAAAAGCUGCCUGUUCGGCUGCUGCUAUGGAAGAGGAUUCUGGUGCAUCAUCAUCUUCGUCAUCAAGAAUAGGUGAUAACACACAGGGAGAUAAUAAUCUCCAAAAACUAGGCCCAGAUGAAGUGUCUGUAGAUAUUGAAGCAGUCAGACGGGUCUAUGAUAGGUUACUUUCUAAUGAAAAAAUAGAAACUGCCUUUUUAAAUGCACUUGUGUACUUGUCACCUAAUGUGGAAUGUGACUUGACUUACCAUAAUGUAUACUCUCGGGAUCCUAACUAUCUGAAUUUGUUUAUUAUUGUUAUGGAGAAUGGCAAUCUUCAUAGCCCAGAAUAUCUGGAAAUGGCUCUACCGUUGUUUUGCAAAGCCAUGAGCAAACUACCCCUUGCAGCUCAAGCAAAACUGGUCAGAUUGUGGUCUAAGUACAGAGCAGAUCAAAUUCGGAGAAUGAUGGAAACAUUUCAGCAGCUUAUUACUUACAAAGUCAUAAGCAAUGAGUUCAAUAGUCGUAACCUAGUGAAUGAUGAUGAUGCUGUUGUUGCUGCUUCAAAGUGCUUGAAAAUGGUUUACUAUGCAAAUGUAGUAGGAGGGGAUGUGGAUACAGAUCAUAAUGAAGAGGAAGAUGAAGAACCCAUCCCAGAAUCAAGUGAACUAACUCUUCAAGAGCUGUUGGGUGAGGAAAGAAGAAAUAAAAAAGGUCCUCGAGUGGACCCACUGGAAACUGAACUUGGUGUUAAAACUAUAGAUUGCAGAAAACCACUUAUCCCUUUUGAAGAAUUUAUUAAUGAACCACUGAAUGAUGUUCUAGAAAUGGACAAAGACUAUACUUUCUUCAAAGUAGAAACAGAGAAUAAAUUCUCAUUUAUGACCUGUCCCUUCAUAUUGAAUGCUGUUACCAAGAACCUGGGAUUGUAUUAUGACAAUAGGAUCCGGAUGUACAGUGAAAGACGCAUAACUGUGCUCUACAGCUUAGUUCAAGGGCAGCAGCUCAACCCCUAUUUGCGACUGAAAGUGAGACGUGAUCACAUCAUUGAUGAUGCACUUGUCCGGCUAGAGAUGAUUGCCAUGGAAAAUCCUGCAGACUUGAAGAAGCAAUUGUAUGUUGAAUUUGAAGGAGAGCAAGGGGUAGAUGAAGGAGGUGUUUCCAAAGAAUUUUUUCAGCUGGUUGUGGAAGAAAUCUUCAAUCCAGAUAUCGGGAUGUUCACAUAUGAUGAGUCUACAAAACUGUUUUGGUUUAAUCCGUCCUCUUUUGAAACUGAGGGUCAGUUUACCCUGAUUGGCAUAGUUCUGGGACUGGCUAUUUACAACAACUGUAUACUGGAUGUACAUUUCCCCAUGGUUGUCUACAGGAAGCUAAUGGGCAAAAAAGGAACUUUCCGUGAUCUGGCAGACUCUCAUCCUGUUCUGUAUCAGAGUUUGAGAGACUUACUAGAGUAUGAAGGAAGUGUGGAAGAUGAUAUGAUGAUAACGUUUCAAAUAUCUCACACGGAUCUCUUUGGCAAUCCAAUGAUGCAUGAUUUAAAGGAAAACGGUGAUAAAAUUCCUAUUACGAAUGAAAACAGAAAGGAAUUUGUCAAUCUGUAUGCUGACUAUAUACUCAAUAAGUCAGUAGAAAAGCAGUUCAAGGCCUUUCGGAGAGGAUUCCACAUGGUGACCAAUGAAUCUCCUUUGAAAUAUUUAUUUAGACCAGAGGAAAUUGAAUUACUUAUUUGUGGAAGUAGGAAUUUAGAUUUUCAAGCACUAGAAGAAACUACAGAGUAUGAUGGUGGCUAUACAAGAGACUCUCUUAUUAUUAGGGAAUUCUGGGAAAUAGUCCAUUCAUUUACAGAUGAACAGAAAAGACUAUUCUUACAGUUUACAACAGGCACAGACAGAGCCCCUGUGGGAGGACUUGGAAAGUUAAAGAUGAUCAUAGCCAAAAAUGGCCCAGAUACAGAGAGGUUACCUACAUCUCACACAUGCUUUAAUGUACUUUUGCUUCCGGAGUACUCAAGCAAAGAAAAGCUUAAAGAAAGAUUAUUGAAGGCCAUCACAUAUGCCAAAGGAUUUGGCAUGCUGUAAUAAGUAUAACAAAAGGGAUGAAAAAAUGAUGGUGAUGAUGUCCCUGUCCAAAAAGGCCAUAAGAUAGUGAGCUACAGUAGUCACCUGUGUUUGUGCCUCCCUUCUUUACUGGGGACAUUGGGCUGGAACAGCAGAUUUCAGCUGCUUAUAUGAACAAAAUCUUUAUUUUUUCUUUUAGCGUGAAAGUGUUACAUAUUCUUUCACUUGUAUGUACAGAGAGGUUUUCCUGAAUAUUUAUUUUAAGGGUUAAAUCACUUUUGCUUGUGUUUAUUACUGCUUGAAGUUGAGCCUUUUUGAGUAUUUACAAGAAAACAAACUGUACUCUCCCAAGGAAAAUAUUGCCAUCAUUUGUAGACCAUGUAACCUUCAAGUAUGUGCUAUAUUUUUGUCCCUGUAUCUAAUCAAAUCAAGAACUGUACUUUUUGAGGAGUUUGCUUUUGAAACUUGAAGUCUUGAAAAACAGUGUGAUGCAAUUACUGCUGUUCUAGCCCCCAAAGAGUUUCUGUUCAAAAUCUUAAGAAUCAAUAAAGAUGGAAGGGAGAACUUGGAAUGUUAAAUUGCAGCCUUGAGAACUUUACUUUAGUCACAGCACAACAAUUAAAAUUCAUUUCACUAUAUGUUGUCUUCACAUGUCUUGUAAUAAACUGUGUUUUUAAUUAGGAAACAUUUCUUAGCAUAUGAAAGGGUAGAAAUUUUAGUUACUUUUUUUAAAAAAAGAAGUUUACUGGGGAAAGUGCAUUUUCAACUGAACAGCUUUAGAGUAGGGAGUGAAGUGUCUGGAAAAAAGAUAGGAAGUUUUUGCUAUAUUAUAAACAAAGCAUGUGGAAGUGCACUUAAAAUGAAGUUCUAUACUUAAUUGCCUAUUAUGUUGACAUUUAAAAUAGACAAUCCAAAGUCUUCCCUACAUGUUAUGUCAUCAUCAUUUAUUUAAUGAAUCAUUUUUCCUACCUAUCAAGGCACAUGAUCAGUGUUGCACCAUAGUCUAAAGGGAUGGCUACUGUAUUUUAAUCUCAUCUAACAAUAAGCAAAAUUGAACAAUAUUAAACGUGAGGCCUACUUCAUGUUGUACACUUCCAACCAUUAAAUAAACUGUUAGAAAGUAAGUACUAAGGUUAUGUUCAUCUACUACAUAAAGUAUUCAGUAGGUUUUUAAUUUAACUUUACAAAUCAUAUCAGAAAUAAAUCCUUUACCUUUCUUAGUCUGUGUUUAAUGUUAAUUUCUCCUGUUGCAAUAUACGAUGAAGGGAUUAUGCAUUUGUAAGUGCAGAUGUAACUGGCAUAUCUUUUCCAAUACAAGCUGCAGCGGGUGUGCAGAGCUGAGCUUGUGCCUUGACAAUUGCUAUAAAUGGCUACUACCGAUCAAACCCGUGACUGUGGAAUUGGCAUUAAAAGGCUUAGUUUUGAAAUCAUUGGAAAAAGAAAAGAUGUCUUUCAGGACUAUUUUAAUAAAUUCUUUCUAGUAAUAGAAACAGACAACUGUUAUGUAACUAUGAUGCUGAAUAAAACAAUGACCUUUUUUCACCAUGGUUCAGUGAAAAAGAAAACAAGUUACUUUCUUACUUUGAUAAAUUAGAUAUUAAAUGGUUUGAUUAGAAGUUGUUGUAGUACUGCAUAAUUUGAGGGUUGCAGGUACGGAAAGCUCUCCACAAGUGAACUGUAGUGAUGUGGGGUCCAGCGAUGUUCUCUUCUCAAAUUCAAGCCAAUGCCAGAUGGCCUGGACACACAGGACUGAAACUUAUUGGGGAGGGAGAGGUGCUGCCUGUCUCCUGGCCUUUGAUCUCAGAGCUGGCCCUUAGAACCUGCCUGCCCCCUUGUUGUAUGUCCCAGAGGAGGAAAACUCAAGAUACUCUACCUCUCAGUGUAGAGUGGCUGACAACAGUGCCUGCUGAGCCCUUCAAGUUUGGAGCAACUCUUCCUGCAGAUGGUAAGAACAUUUGCCGAGUGCCUUGAGGUGCUUCACCAGAAGCGUGAGCACAUCAUGAUACUGCUGUGUAGUAUGUACUGUGUUCACAGUCUAGUGCUGUUAAGCUCUAUCCUUGUAACUCCUCUUAAACUGAUUUAGCUUUAGUGGUUUGUGAUUACACCCAACCGACAGGUGAAUGUGAUUCAUGUUAAGUUUUUUUUAUACAGGUCUAAAAGCUGUGUAGACAGCAUAACUGGAUAGCAAUACAAAGUUCUCUUAACUGUUAAUAUUGUAAACAUGCUCUUUCUGUUUUCCUUCAGCAUUAAGAUUAAAAUAAUACAUAAUUGCAUUGGCCUUCAAAAGCAUAAGUUGUUUUUCAAGGAAUCAUUUUCAGGUAAGAUACAAGUACUUAAUAUUUGACUGAUUUCUCGUGUAAAUUAUACUGCCUCCUGCUGAACACCACUGUAGUGAAACCUUAUCUCUUUAGUGCUGGUGUAAGUGCACUAGUUGUUCAGCAGCACCAGUUGAUAAGGUUUAAGAUAAAUAAAUUGUAAAGUCUUAUACCUAAGCACAUAACGCUGCGUAAACAGAGCAUCUUCAUAAAAGAUCGAAGGUUUUGCUUCUUGCUAAAAAGAUUUCAGGAACAGCUGUCAGGAGUUAGCAUAGUUCAGUUAACUAAGGUGUUUUGUGAACUUCUCACUGGGCUUGUCUUCCAUUUGGCAGGCAGCAGCCUAAGACAGAAUGGUGGCAGCCAAGGGGACCUGUCCAAUCCUGCAUUCUGAGGGAAGCUGAUGCUGAAAUGGGCCCAGGGCUCCAAGGAACUCCGUGUACAGUAGUCAGUCCAUGCCUUUCAUCCAACAGUGGCUUCACUGCUGAAGCAGGAGCUUCCUGUCACAUCUGGCAGCACACAGGUGUGAUGGACCUGGUGGGCUUAGCCUUCAGGGGGCUGCGGUGUGAGCUGCCCAGGUGCCUACCUGGGUUUCUGCUCUGUGAAGCAGGGAAUCGGACACAGGUUUCUAUGCUGCUCAUGUUCCAGAAGAGAACAACCCCCACAUCAUCAGCUUUAAGGUGUUUCUGUCACACUGUUGUAUCCAUUUAUCUCCAGGUAAAUUUUCAAUCUCACAAGAGGAUUAAAAAUUUCCUGGUUGCCUCAAGAGUUUUUAUGAUGGUUACGAAUUGGAUGGAAUGUUUGAGCUGUGCCUUAUUUAUUAUGCAGAAAAACUCCAUCAUUUCAGUAUGCAAGAAUGAAGGAGCAGGAAUUUCUUCCAAGUUAAGCUAUUCAAAAUCAAGUCUUUCCUAACAAGAGCUGAGUUUAUUAUGCUUAGUCUAAGUCACAAGGGUUUGUGAUAAGUUACUUACAGUUCUUGUUCAUAGUUGAAAGUUUAAUUAAAUUGUCAUAAAGUUCAUAAGACCAUUGGGGACUUAAUUAAUUUUUAAAACGUCAGAUUUAUACUGAAUCAUGGAAGGGACGCUGCUUUGGAGCUAGGAGUUGAUACUGAUGUGACUCUUUAGGCAGGUCAUUUCUUACCCAGAUGAAUUCAUUUGGAAAACUAAUGAAAUGUCAUUGUAUUUUUCUGUAGUGCUCCAUUUGAAGAUGUCUUUCAGCUGUUGAUUUUUAUUUUUCUUCUUCAUUAACUCAAUUAAAAAGUGUGUGGGAAGGUGGUUUUAAUUGCA